AAGAAAAAAAAAUCCCGAAAAACUUGUUGCAGAAGUGACGAGGCGUUGAAGCGUUUGGGGGAUUUUUCCAGUUAGUUCGGUAGCGCGCACCAAUCGAUCAAAGCGUUGAGUGGUAAACUGGCAGGACCAAAGACUCACACAAAAGCUCUCGAUACAAAGAAACAAAAAUGGAGAGAAACUUUCCAAGCAAAUCCUUGAAAUCGAACGAUCGAACGGCGCAGCAAAUGUGCUUCGACUGCCUCCAACGCCGGAUUCACUCCGACUUCUCCGGGAAACUCGUUUUCUCUUACGGCCUCUCCGAUUCCGCCUUCCCUUUUGGCUCCUCCGCCGUCGUUCAGUUGUGUAAUUCAAGUGGGGAAGCUGCUUCGGCUCCUCAGUUUUUGCUCAAAUUUCUACCCAGUCAUCCAAAUGAUUGCUUGACUAAAUAUGUUAAUGAAUAUGUCCUGGACAAUGCUGAAGGCUGCAGUGAUAAUGGGAUUGAUGAUAGGAUUGCUUCAGUUGGAGUAACUCAGGAUGAAGAAGAAAUUAGUUCUGAUGUUUACAGGAAAGAAAAACCAAAGUCAGAUUCUUUAAUGAAUGAGCCUAAGUGUUUGUCAAAUGGUGGCACAGAAAUAUUGCUACAUAGUUCUACCUGUAAUCAUUCCACUAGGUUUUCUUGCUCGAGGCUUAUCAGCGCAUUGGCACCGGUUAGUUAUGUUGGCAAUUUCUCAGACUCAGUUUUUGAAGAUCUUGCUGUUAACUCUUUGACCGGGUCUUUGGAAGAUCACAUAUUGAACUCGCUUAGUCUCUUGAUUGAAGGGAAAGCUUCAGGAAGAGACAGUGUAAAUUUUCUUAACUUACUUGGGAUACCGUCGUUUGAUGAAAAUCAGUUCCCUGGCUCCCUGAGGCAUCCAAAUAUUGCUCCUGUACUUAUGAUGGUUAAAGCAUCCCAUUAUAUAGAUGUAGCUCUUCCCAAAACUCCGUACACAUUGGAAAACAUUCUCCAUUACAGUCCCGAAGCCUUAAAAUCUGACUGGCAUAUAAGGUUUCUGAUAUACCAGUUGCUCUCAGCUCUAGCUUAUAUUCAUGGUUUAGGGGUCGCCCAUGGCAAUAUAUGUCCAUCCAGUGUAAUGCUUACUGAAUCAUGCUGGUCUUGGCUGUCCAUUUUUGAUAACCCCUGGGUAGGAUUUAGUUCAGGUUCAAGAGGUAAGGGAUACACAAGUACCUUACUGGAAAAGGUAGGUUGCUCAGAAGCUGGUUGUCCCUCUCAAGGUCUUUAUGCUGAUUUGAAGCUUUCCCCAUCUAUAGACUGGCAUCGUGACUUCAAUCAAUGGUGGAGAGGAGAGAUCAGUAAUUUUGAGUAUCUACUCAUCUUGAAUAGAUUAGCUGGGCGAAGGUGGGGUGACCACACAUUUCAUACAGUGAUGCCUUGGGUAAUAGAUUUUAGCAUGAAACCUGAUGAGAAUUCAGAUGCAGGGUGGCGGGAUUUAAACAAGAGUAAAUGGAGGUUGGCUAAAGGUGAUGAACAGUUGGACUUCACCUAUUCAACAUCGGAGUUCCCACAUCACGUAUCUGAUGAAUGUCUUUCUGAAUUGGCUGUCUGCAGUUAUAAAGCUAGGAGGUUACCUUUGAGUGUUCUACGUAUGGCUGUUCGCUCAGUCUAUGAACCUAAUGAAUAUCCUUCUACCAUGCAAAGACUUUAUCAGUGGACCCCUGAUGAGUGUAUUCCGGAGUUUUACUGCAAUCCUCAAAUUUUUCAUUCACUUCAUGCUGGUAUGACUGACUUGGCGGUACCUUUAUGGGCAGAUGGUCCUGAGGAAUUCAUUAAAUUGCAUCGUGAUGCGUUAGAAAGCGAACGGGUCUCACGUGAACUCCAUCACUGGAUUGAUAUCACCUUUGGCUACAAGAUGUCAGGCGAGGCAGCUGUUUAUGCAAAGAAUGUAAUGCUUCCUUCAUCAGAACCUAUGAUGCCGAGGUCUGCAGGACGCCGUCAGCUGUUCACUCAACCUCACCCUAUGCGUCGAGGUGCAGUGCGGAAACCAUGUGAUAGCACCAAUGAGUCAGCUUUGCAUCAAGGGAAAAUGAAUGAAUUAAGGAGUGACGGUUCUGUCCUAUCUGAAACGGCUUACUUGCAAGAAUUAGAAGAUGCAUCUUCCUUUUGUGAACAUGCUAUGCAUUUAAGUCCCCUCUAUGGCUACCAUCUAGACUUUGUGAGGGACAUUUCUCCUGUACAAGAGUCAUCAGGCGAGAAUGUUAACAAAAGUAUACCUCGGUCAUCUGACACUAAGAAAAACCAGUUGUCACGGUUACAUAUUGAUACAAGUUAUCUACUUGAGCAUAUUGAAGUGGAGGAUGAAGGUUCCCGGGGAUAUCAAGAGCUAUUACUUUGGAGGGAAAAAUCAUCUUGUUUAAAGACGUUCUCUGAAGAAAUUGCAAGGGAUAUAUUUUCUGUCGGUUGUCUCUUAGCAGAACUUCAUUUGAGGAAGCCACUUUUUGACACAAGCUCAUUGACCAUGUACUUGGACAGUGGUGUAUUACCUGGAUUGAUGCAUGAACUUCCUCCUCACACCAAAUUACUUGUUGAAGCUUGCAUUCAAAAGGAUUGCAUGAGGAGACCAUCGGCUAAGUGUCUGUUGGAAUCACCAUAUUUUCCUACUACGGUUAAGGCGUCCUACUUAUUUCUGGCCCCUCUCCAGCUUCUGGCUAAAGGUGGAUCCUGCCUUCAGUAUGCUGCAAAUUUUGCAAAGCAAGGAGUCCUCAAGGCAAUGGGAACAUUUGCUGCGGAAAUGUGUGCUCCUUAUUGCUUAUCGUUUGUGGUGACUCCCUUAUCAGAUGCUGAAGCCGAAUGGGCUUAUAUGCUACUGAAAGAAUUUAUCAAAAGUUUGACCCCUAAAGCAGUGAAGACAUUAGUCUUGCCUGCCAUCCAGAAGAUUUUACAGACUACAGGUUAUUCACAUCUAAAGGUUUCUAUUCUACAAGACUCCUUUGUUCGAGAGAUAUGGAAUCGAACUGGCAAACAAGUAUAUCUUGAAACUGUACAUCCUCUUGUUAUAUUGAACUUAUAUACUGCCGCUCAUAAUAGUUCAGCAACUGCUGCUUCCGUACUGCUUAUUUGCUCAAGUGAAGAACUCGGUAUACCUAUUACCAUUCAUCAGACAAUCUUGCCCCUGAUUCAAUGCUUUGGGAAAGGUCUCAGUAGUGAUGGAAUUGACGUGUUGGUUCGAAUUGGUGGUUUACUGGGAGAGAACUUCAUUGUCAGACAGAUGAUGCCGUUGCUAAAACAUGUGUUUCAUUCCUGUAUUGGCGUUUCACGUAUGAAUAAGCCUGAGCCUGUCCACAGCUGGAGUGCUUUUGCUCUUAUUGAUUGUUUGACGACAAUAGAUGGCCUUGUUGCAUUUUUGCCAAGGGAGGUGGUUGCGAAGGAGCUAGUUGAAGAUAAAAGUUGCCCACAGGUUCUGGUUCUUAUGGAGACAAGUUUUGAAUAUAGAGUGCUUCAGGUUGCUGCUACUACCCUAAUGGCAGUUUGUGAACGGAUAGGACCAGAUUUGACAGCAUUGCAUGUUUUGCCACAACUUAAAGAGCUAUUUGAUGAGCUUGCUUUCUCACCGAGAAAAGCUAAUGCUUCUACUUCCUUUGGCAGAAGGCUGAAGGGUUCAAAGCCAAUAAUUGAUGGAGGGGGUCUGAUUGAAAGUCGUAUGGACCUUGCGUUGCUUCUGUAUCCGUCUUUUGCAUACCUUCUUGGGAUAGAGAAGCUUCGUCAGUGUUGUACAACAUGGUUAUUACUUGAGCAAUAUCUUCUACAAUAUCAUAACUGGAAGUGGGAACACACAGGAGAAUUGUCUCGAAGUGGUUCAGACACUAUACUCAGUAAAAGAUCUGCAUUCAGCAAUCGCUCAACUCCUGAAUACAGUCCUGCUAAGCUGUUGCUUAAUGGGGUUGGAUGGUCAAUUCCACAAUCACAAGGAACUAGAGGUGCCAAAAACAUGAUGCCUCAAAAACGGUUCUCUGAAAUGCAUCAGAGGUCAGCUGAAAUGCAUGCAUCAAAUUUUAAAUUCGAGCCCUGGUUUUGGUUCCCUAGUCCAGCUUCUAGUUGGGAUGGGCCUGAUUUUCUGGCCCGUGCUGGGGGUGUGAAGGAUGAACAUCCAUGGAAGAUCAGAGCAUCUGUUAUAUACUCAGUUCGUGCGCACCCUGGGGCCUUAAGGUAUUUAGCUGUCUGCCCAGAUGAAUGUACGGUUUUUACUGCAGGAAUUGGUGCAGGGUUCAAAGGGACUGUUCAAAAAUGGGAGCUGGCUAGAAUCAAUUGUGUAUCGGGAUACUAUGGCCACGAGGAGGUUGUGAACGAUAUUUGUAUCUUAUCGUCUAGUGGAAGAGUUGCAUCCUGUGAUGGAACAAUACAUGUUUGGAAUAGCCGAACUGGAAAAUUAAUUUCAGUAUACUCUGAACCAUCUGUGGAUUCUGCACAUGUUUCAAGCCCUCCAUCUUCUUCCUCCAGGGCCAAUCUUGACCAGGUUAAUAUGCUCAGUUCCAAUGCACAGUCGAGUGGAAUAUUGACUGGGGCAUUUGAUGGGAGCUUGUAUACUUGUAUGCAUCAGACAGAACUUGGUGAAAAGCUUGUAGUUGGCACUGGAAAUGGUUCACUCAGGUUCAUUGAUGUUGUCCGAGGACAAAAGCUUCACCUUUGGAGGGGGGAUUCUACGGAGUCUGGAUAUCCUUCUCUUAUUUCUUCCAUAUGCUCCUGUGGGUCUGAUAAAAUGCAACCGGAUGGAGCUUCUUCACCCUCUUGGAUUGCAGCUGGAUUGAGUUCUGGUCAUUGUAGAUUAUUUGAUGCAAGGAGCGGAAAUGUUAUAUCCUCUUGGAAGGCUCAUGAUGGAUACGUGACAAAGUUGGCUGCACCAGAGGACCAUUUACUUGUGUCCAGCUCUCUUGACAAGUCUUUAAGAAUUUGGGACUUGAGAAGGAAUUGGCCAUCUCAGCCCACAAUUCUUCAGGGUCACACAGACGGUGUAUCUUCAUUCUCUGUGUGGGGCCAAGACGUUAUUUCAAUUUCCAGAAAUAAGAUUGGAAUUUCUUCUCUGUCUAAAUCCUCCGAUGAUGAUGGACAGCAGGCUGUUACAUGUCAAAAACUGUACAUGGCGGAUCACGGAGCAAGAAACUUUUCGGUGUUGUCAAGCAUAAGUAUUUUACCCUUCUCAAGGUUGUUCCUGGUUGGAACUGAAGAUGGCUACCUAAGAAUAUGUUGCUGAUGGGGGCUAUUUGUUUCCUUUCAAAUUCUGCUGUACAUUCUGUAUCCAUUGUUUUUAUUUAAAUUUAUUGAUUUAUUUAUUUUUGUUGUCUUUUAAGUUUAUAUCCUUAUUCGGUUAUUCCUUAGGUUGAGACUGUUGAGUGAAGAAAGGGUGGGUUGCUCUAGAUAUUCUCAUUGGAAUGCAUUGAUUGUAGUUAGAAAUAAUUAUUUGUAUCAAAUAAUCGUGCAAAUUUUUGUUUUACACUAAAGAAUAUAUAUGUAAUGGGUAUAUAGAAUGGACGGAUCCGUGAUAUUACAUUUUUUUUAUGGGUAUAUAGAAUGGACGGAUCCGUGAUAUUACA